AUGCCUGAUAACGCCCCCAACCGCGGCGAUGAUGAUGAUGCUGUUAGCUCGGAUGACGGAUACAGGAACAAAAAAAGGCUGCAUUUCCCUACUGUUUUUGAUCGCCGAGAGAUCGUCAACCCCGGCGGGUCGGCUGCAGCAGAGGAAUUCGGUCAGAAGCUGCUGACGGGCCACGAGAGGAGAUUUGUGGAGGAGCUUCGGGUCACGAAGGUCCAAUUCUAUCAAUUAGCUGACUGGAUCAGUGUAAACACAAGCAUGAAGGGAUCUAGCCGGCAAAGCUUACAUCUGAAGCUGAUGAUCUUCCUGUAUGUCAUCGGUCAGGGCUGCACGCAGCGGGCGGCGGCACAUCACUUCGGCGUCUCUCAAAGCUCUGUAUCUCGGAUAAUGGCGACAGGUCUCGAAGCGUUUGCCGACAUCCACAGGACAUUUGUUGUCCAACCGGAGCCAACAGAGGUGUGCCACGAGCCUAUAACCAAGCCCAAAUCGGCUUGGGUCCCUGAAGAAGGUCAAAGGAAGUGGUACAACAGAAAGUCCCUGAUAACUCAGAAUGUCCUCUGUGCCGUCCGCCUUGACGGGACUUUCUCGUACGUCCUUGCCGGCUGCGAGGGAUCAGUCAACGACGCCUCCCUGUUGCGGCAUGCUCGGUCGAAGAGCCUGAAAUUGUAUGCCGAUAGAUUCUAUGUUGGGGAUGCCGGCUUCGGUGCCUGUACAGGACUUCUAGUCCCCUAUAUUGGCAUCAGAUAUCAUCUUAACGACUGGAAGGUGUCGCUGGAAGGACCUCAAAAUAAGGAAGAACUGUACAACCUGCGCCACUCACGACUGCGAAUCAUCGUCGAGCUGACCUUCGGUCGGGUCAAGAGGAAAUUUCGAAUAAUGCGUUCUUCGCCGCCUGAAUAUGAUAUAUAUAAACAGAUCCUGAUUGUAUAUGCCUGUACAGGCCUGUGGAAUUUCCUGAAGUCGUUAGAAGAAAAGCCGGCGUUGAAUAAGGCACAAGAGGAAUACCUACAGUCGAUGACUGCUUGGGCACGAGAUAAUCUCCCCAGCGACCCUGAGGUUUUGAGAGAUGAGAUCGCGAUAGAUCAGUGGGAAGAGCAUUUGGCGUAUAUUGAAGAAAUGAGGCAAUAUAAUAAUGCUAUUCUCCAAAGGAAGCACGAGAAGCAUCUUGGUGAUGAGGAAUGGAAGGCAGCGAGGCAUUUCCGGCUCGAAAGGUGA